AUGAAUCAAAAUGAUGAUAAUGAUGAUGAUGAUGUCGGUGGUACUACAACAGAUACUUCAACAACAAAAUCAAAUAAUUCAAUAAGUUUAUAUGAAAAAAUUAUUUUUAUAUUAAUAUGUAUAUGUAAUAUGAUUCAAAAUUCUAUUGUUGGUGGUGCAAAUAAUGCUAUAAUGACAACACUUGAAUCAGGUUUUUAUAUGACAUCAACUGAAACAGGUUUAUUUCAAUCAGUUUAUGAACUUGUUGCUAUAUUUGCUUAUCCAAUAAUUGGUUAUUUUGGUGAUCGUAGUGGUCGAAAAGUACGUUGGAUAGCUAUAUCAAUGGGUAUUUUAGCUAGUGGUUUUUUUGUUAUGUCAUUUCCACAUUUACUUGAAUCAAAACGUGGUAAACCACCAUUAGAUCCACGUGUAGCAGAUCAUUUAACAUUAUGUAAUCCAAAUCGAACAAUAAAUGUUUGUUCAGUUUCGAAUAAUCUUAGAUUUUUAAGUCAUUUAAAAUAUGUCUUUUAUCUAUCAAAUAUAAUUAAUGCAUUUGGAUCAGCUGCUUUACCAACAUUAGCUGUAACAUUAAUUGAAGAUUUAUUUUCACAAGAAAAAGCACCGAUAGCUCAAGGUAUUUAUUAUGCAAUUGGUGGAAUAGGUAUUGGUCUUGGUUUUCUUGCUACUUCACAAUUUCUUAAAGUUUAUACAUACAUAAAAAAACCUGUUUGGUUAACACCUCAUUAUUCGGAAUGGGUUGGAGCUUGGUGGCUUGUCUAUGCAUUAUGUACAUGUUUAAGUUUAAUUCUUUGUUUGUCUCUUUUUUUAUUGGAUCUCAGUCGACAUCAUCGUUAUUUUACAUCGAAAAAAUCUAGACAAUUAUCAAUAAAUCCUACAUAUCAAGUUGUAACAACAGCAACAACAUCAAUUAAUACUGAAACUCGUGUUUCACGUACAAGUUCAUCAGCAACAAAUUCUAGUUUAAAUAUUAAUGGUAUUCCUAAUGAAUCAUUAUUAACUGUUGAACAAACAAUACCAAGUAUAAAUGGUGAUGAAUCUGUAAAAACAAAAGAUUUUUGUAUUGAUAUAAUAUCAUUAAUAAAACAUUUACUUUUUAAUUUACGUUAUAUGGGUGUUACUGGUUGUGCUGUUAUUGAAGCAUUAUUAAUCAAAGGUUAUUUAGCAUUUUUAACUAAACAUAUUGAAUAUCAAUUUCGUACAACAUCAUCACAUUCAAGUGUUUUUAUGGGAAUUAUUUCAUUAUGUUCAGUUAUAUUUGGUGCACCAUUAGGUGCAUAUUUUGUUAAAAGAUUCGAUAUGAACGGUCGACAAUGUGCAAAAUUUUGUUGUAUUAUUUUAGCAAUAUCAUCUGUGAUCUUUCUUGGAUUAAUGCUUCAUUGUCGUGAACCAACAAUUGGAACAACACAUUCCAUGUCUGUUAUAUCAACAGCAUUUGAUGAAGAUUUUUUUGAUGAACCAUUAAUAGAAUCCGAUCGAAUUGAGAGUCCUUGUAAAAGAAAAUGCAAAUGCGAUAUGAAUAUCUAUCAACCAGUAUGCGAUUUAGUCAAUCAAGAAACUUAUCAAAAUCCAUGUUUAUUAGGUUGUCGAAAAAUACUCAAAGGAAAAUAUGCUGAUUGUUUAUGUUUACCAAAAAACAGUACUGUUAGUGUUGGUCGAUGUAAAGAACGUAAAUGUACAAUUAAUUUAGUUAUUACAUUAUGUGGUGCAUUUAUUGUUGUUUUUAUGUCUUGUUGUGUUAUUGUUCCAGCACUUAAAUGUACAUUAUAUAGUGUUGAACCAACACAUCGAGCAUUUUCACUCGGUUUUAAAUCAACAAUAACAAAAUCACUUGGCUAUUUACCAGGAACAAUUUUAUUUGGUACAAUUAUUGAUCGUACAUGCAAAACAUGGAUACGUGAAACAUGUGGAUAUAGAUAUCAUUGUAAACAUUAUAAUAAUAAACGUAUGGCUAUAUCAUUAGCCUUACUUGGUUUUGGUUUUCGAAGUUUAUCGGCAUUAUUUUGUGGAAUAUCUUGGUAUGCUUAUAGUAAAACGUCUGAUAAAAAAGAAGAAAAAAAAUUACAAGUCAUCACAACAACAACAAUAAGUACUAUAACAACAACUGGUGAAACGUGA